CGUCACUCAGGCGGCGCCGUCGGCGGUUGAUGACGUCAGAGAAGCUGAAGUGGUUAUGAGAAGUGUAGGCGGCGCAGUGUGCUGAGGCAAAUCAUCAUGUCAAGGUGUGUUGUAAAGCAUUGUUCUUCCUCAACGAGGAAGCGUUGUCCUAAUGUAAUUCUUCAUACUUUUCCAAGAGAGCCUGAAAAGAUCAAGCUUUGGCUAUACCUAACAGGACAAUAUGGUGCUGACCUGGAUGACAUGGUUAUAAAGGUAUACCUUGGAAAAGUAAAUGACUCGUAUAGGAUGUGUUCCUUACACUUCACACAUGACAGUUACAACUAUGAUGGUUAUCGGAGGACUUUAAAAAGGGAUUCCAUUCCUACUGUUUUUAAUAUAAUAACACCAUCUACAGAUACAUCUUCAGUAUCCUCAACUAUUCCAGUAGUGUCUAAACCAUCAAGCUCUUCAGGUGAACAACAAAUCCCCUCUGCUCCAUCUGCCGACAGCCAGAAGUCUUCUUCCUCUGGCACAGUUUGCACAUAUCAGGUUCAGUUUAAUCCAAAUGCAUCCUCACAACCCACCAUUCAGCAAAUGACUUUAGUUCCUGUGGUUCCUCAAAAGGUUUUUCUUCAAGCAUGCGGAAUUAGUCAACAACCUAAUUCAGUAGUUAGUGUCACAUCACCAUCAGUAACUAUUCAACCAAUUGAAACCACUAUGUGUAAGGCCACACAAAUGCAUUCUGCCUUGUCUGGGGUAAGUCAGCAAUCACCGGCAUCAAGUCCUUCUACCUUGGCUCCAAUGACGAUACCAUUAUGCAUUACACAGAGUAAAUCCGCCGUCUCAUCCUAUGAUGGUCAACUGGAACAACUAACACCUGCUAACUUGCAGCAAAUAUCUUCAGCCACUGUCACAUUUCUGCAAAAACCUUCUUCUGUUGCUCCAAAUUCCAACUUGCCUUUGGAUACCAAGCUCAGAAUAGAAGCUACAUCUUCAAGCACUAAAACUGUAUUCUCCACCUUAACUUCCUGUCCAAAAAUAUCCUUAUCCCCAGCACUAAGUCCUGUAAUCUCUACAGCUGCAUUUAACAAAACUCAAAAUGCUCAACCAAUCAAUAUUCCUUUGACUGUUAGAGAAACAAAGCCAUGCUCCAUGACAGUUCUUCCAAUUUCCAAAGCUCCAUCUUCUACCACAUCCUCCUGUCCAAUAAUAUCCUUAUUCCAAGCACCAAAUCAUGUAAUCUCCACCUCGGGAGUUGAUAAGUCUUCCUAUAAGAAUAUGACAACUCCACCAAACAGUAUUGCUUUAGCAAUCGUUCAUGAAACAAAGCCAUGCUCCAGGACUGUUCUUCCAGUUUCUGAAAAUAUGUCUUCUGUAACACAACAGCCACCAACAACUACUGUUUUGGCCCAGAAAUCACAUCCUAUAUCUGUUGUCCAUUUUCCAGAUAAAGCACCAACCUCACAAACUGUAAUUCCCGAUUUUCUGCCACCAUCAAAGAAAAGAAAAUUGGAAACCAGUGCUGCAUCCUCUGGUAAAAUCCAUGUGCCUAACCCUUGCAUAAGCCAACCAUCUGUUAAUGCAGGUAAUCAUUAUUUUGUUUCAAACAAUUCAAGGGUUCAAACAAAUUGUGUGACUGAGAAGCCUUUAAUGGUCGAUAAAGGUGUCAACACUGAUUUCCUAACAAAUAGAAAAAGUUGCUGUGUUGGCACUUACCCAAUGCAUAGGAGAAGAAAUGCAGGCACACAAACUAAAAUCUAUACAAAACAUCGUAAAAUUAUGUGCACCUUAUUAGUUCCAAAUGAGGAAACUGAUGACUCAUCAGUAACUAAAGACAACCCAGAAGACACAGAAUUUAAUGAGCCGAGUCCUUCCAACUUGAGUAAUGGUCACCAUGAUCUAAGUGAAGAUUUGGAAACCGUUAAUUUAAAUCUUGUUAAAGUUGAAAUUGUAUCAAAUUCUGAGGUGGAUGCAUAUGUACCUACUGCUUCAGAUAUAGAGCAAGAAUUCCAUAUUAAAGAAGAAAUUGGUACUUGUGCAGUACAAACUCAUUUUAAAAGUAACUCUACAAUACCAGAUUUUGGCAUCAAUACACUGAAAAAAGAACCCAAUAUAAAAACAGAAGACGAACAAUUUCCAAUUUCUAUGUUUUCACAAGACACCACCCACUUUGUAUCACAAAAUCCCAAAAUUGAAAGGAUUUCACCUAUUCCAUGUGAUUCACUGACUGCAAUUUACAGAAAUCCAACAUCAUGGGAAACAUCUGCUAUACAGACUGAUGAUGAACUAGGGGAUCCAAAUGACUCCUCAUUCCAUAUCAAUGAAUUAAGUGAGGAUGAGGAUGAAUCAUUUUUAGUUCCAAGUGAUGCAGAAGAUGAAGAUGACAUAAAACAUGUCUUCCAGGACUUGGAUUCCCCAGUGGAGAAUCUUGUUGAAGAAGAAAAGUAUAUUGUGUUUGAAUCCUGUCUUAAGAAACUGAUAAUGAUGAUACCGUGUAGAUCCGAAACAAAAUGUAUGUCACCACUCACUCAAUACAAAAAGGAAACUGUUGGAUCAUAUUUGUCAGUAGAAGCUCGUUGCAGUUCUGGUCAUACAAGUUUACUGUGGGAAAGCCAGCCAAGACAUGGAUAUGAACCCUUGGGAAAUGUUCUGUUAUCUGCCGCAGUGCUAUUUAGUGGUUCCAGUUUUGUAAAAUCCCAACAUAUGUUUAAAUUGCUCAAUUUAAAAUCAAUAGACAAAACUACCUAUUCUAGAAAUCAGUCUAUGUACCUGUUUCCAGCCAUCAGUCAUCACUGGAAGGAGGAACAAAAAGCAGUCAUUCAAAGUGUCCAGGAAAUGCCACUUUGUUUGUCAGGAGAUCAACAACUAGACAGUCCUGGAUUUUCUGCCAAUUAUUCUACAUACUCUUUGAUGGACGUGGCCAGCAAAAAAAUUUGUUCCCUCUCUGUGGAGGCGGUGACUCCACAAAUGACAUUGGAAGGCCUUGAAAAAAUAGGAUUACAAAAGACUAUGGAGGAACUCCAAACUAUGAAUGCUGAUGUGAAGAUGAUUGUUACAGACAGAAGUAUUGCUGUUCAAGAAAUUCUAAAGGACAGUUACCCAGAUAUUGUACAUAAAAUAGAUCUAUGGCACCUAUCCAGAUCAAUUGGCAAUGAAGUGUUAAUGGCUGCAAAACAUAAAGACUGUGAAAUCUUAUAUCAAUGGGUGGAGGCCAUCAGAAACCAUCUUUGGUGGAGCUUGUGCACUUGUUGUAAAAAUCCUGAUUUGUUAAUCCAAAAGUGGAAAUCAGUUAUUCAUCAUGUUACCAAUGUUCAUGAAUGGGAUGGUGAUGGUGAUUGUAGAGGAUGUCAUCAUCCACCUCUCCCAGAAGAAGUGGUGAACAAUACAAACUGGUUGGAGAAAGAUUCAGCCGCCCAUAAGCAACUUAAAAAAAUUGUAGAAAAUACCAGUCUCUUAAAGGACUUAAAACAGCUGUCCUUCAAUUGUCACACAGGAGAGUUAGAGAUAUACCAUAAAACAUGCCUUAAAUAUCAUCCAAAGAAGGUACAUUUUUUCAUGGACUCUAUGGAAGCACGUACACAACUUGCAGCCCUUGACCAUAACAGAAACGUCCAUAUUGUUAAGGAAAUGGUUAGAAAGGCUUCAAGUGGAGAAGCACAUAGUAGAUUGAUGCAGAGACUGGAGGGCUCCAGAGGUCAAAAGUUAUGGAUUGUAAAGGCAUUGUAUAAGCCAGCUUGCCAAAAUUUUCUUUUUGACAUUCUGAAUGAUGUCAUAGCAUUUGUCAAAGAAGAUAAAACAUUUUGGUGACCCUACAGUUAAGGGUUAACAAGCAAGAGGUAGUUUUGAAGCAUCAGUUAUUUAUCUGGGUGUUGAUUUAUAGACAAAUAAUGUAUUCUUAAAAUAAAAAAAAAAAUGUGACUGUUUUAACUUCCAAAUUUUGAAAUAUCUGUUUUACAGUUGUUGCUGUAACUAUUUGCAGUUCUUGUACCAAAAUAUUUCUAACGUAAUUAUUAGUGGUACUUUUUUUUUAAUGUAAAUUUCUUUAUUGUUAAGAUAACAAAAUAGUCUUGCCACUGUUUUCAUUGGGGACUACUGAAUUUCUGUGUUUUAACUUUACAUUAUGGCUAAAAGAAAAUG